UCCAAGAUGAAUCUGAUUGAGCACUCUCAUUUACAGGCCAUGGAUGAGUUUUCUCUUUCUGAAAAUGUGUUUGGUGUGCUAACAGAACAGGAGGCAGGUGCUCUGGGGCAGAAUCUGAAUUUGGAGUCAUAUUCACCAUACAGCAAUGCCCAGUUUCCUCAAGUCCAACCACAGAUUUCCUCAUCAUCCUAUUAUUCCAACCUGGGUUUCUACCCCCAGCAACUGGAAGAGUGGUACUCUCCUGGAAUGUAUGAACUCCGGCAAACGCCGGCUGAGACUGUGUACCAGGCAGAGACGGAGGCGUCAGAGAUGCCUGUAACCAAGAAGCCCCGCAUGGCCACAUCAUCGGCAGGAAGGAUAAAAGGGGAUGAGCUGUGCGUUGUCUGUGGAGACAGGGCCUCCGGGUACCAUUACAAUGCACUCACCUGUGAGGGUUGCAAAGGUUUCUUCAGGAGGAGCAUCACCAAAAAUGCCGUGUACAAGUGUAAAAAUGGUGGCAACUGUGUGAUGGACAUGUACAUGCGACGCAAGUGUCAGGAGUGUCGACUCAGGAAGUGCAAAGAGAUGGGGAUGUUGGCUGAAUGUAUGUAUACAGGUUUGUUAACUGAAAUUCAAUGUAAAUCUAAACGGCUAAGAAAAAAUGUGAAGCAGCACGCAGAUAAGACGGUAAAUGAGGACAGCGAAGGCCGGGACUCGCGACAAGUGACCUCCACGACCAAGUCAUGCAGGGAGAAAACUGAACUCACCUCAGAUCAGCAGCACCUUCUGGAUUAUAUUAUGGAUUCAUAUAGCAAACAGAGAAUGCCUCAGGAAAUAACCAAUAAAAUCUUAAAAGAAGAAUUUAGUGCAGAGGAAAAUUUUCUCAUAUUAACAGAAAUGGCGACCAGUCAUGUACAGGUUCUUGUAGAAUUCACAAAAAAGCUUCCAGGGUUUCAGACACUGGACCACGAGGAUCAGAUUGCGUUGCUGAAAGGGUCAGCAGUGGAAGCCAUGUUCCUCCGCUCAGCAGAGAUUUUCAAUAAGAAACUUCCCAUUGGACAUGCAGACCUGUUGGAAGAAAGAAUUCGAAACAGUGGCAUCUCUGAUGAAUAUAUAACUCCGAUGUUUAGUUUUUAUAAGAGUGUUGGGGAACUGAAAAUGACUCAGGAAGAGUACGCCUUGCUGACGGCAAUUGUCAUCCUCUCUCCAGACAGACAAUACAUCAAGGACAGAGAGGCAGUGGAGAAGCUUCAGGAACCCCUGCUUGACGUGCUACAGAAACUGUGCAAGAUUCACCAGCCCGAGAACCCUCAGCAUUUUGCCUGCCUCCUGGGUCGCUUGACGGAACUUCGGACAUUCAAUCACCACCAUGCUGAGAUGCUGAUGUCCUGGAGAGUGAAUGACCACAAGUUCACCCCACUCCUCUGUGAGAUCUGGGACGUGCAGUGAUGUGCAGGACGAAGGACUAGCUCCUCAUCCCCCCGGGACAGAAAUCCGAUGUCUGGCAUCCCUUACUUCAUUUGUACCUGGUUUCACUCAAGAAUCUCAAUGAAUAUUUAUGUAGCGAUUGUAUAACUCCCACAACUGUAAAUACAGGCUAGAUAGACUUGCUUUCUCUACGUUACAUUUUACAAGGCUUCAGGAAGCCCCAUUGACAUGCCCUGUUUGCCUAAUUAAAUCGAUUGUUACUUCAAUUCUGUCUGCUGAACUAGGGACAAACCUCAUUUUAUUCAUCAUUUGA